AUGUCCUGCCAGCUUUUCAGUCCAGAGACGAGACGCUGCAAAAACUCUGCCACGCUGACCGAUAGAAUUCCCACUAUCGCCAAAGGAGUUUCCGGAGAGCUUUUGAUAUUCCAUCAGGGCAGCCUCCCCGGUGCCUUGACUUUGGUCAUGCUUCUCUCGGACAUGGAUGCCGCAAUUGUGGUACUUACGAAUUCCCUCGCCCUCAACGAUGUCGCAGACUGGAUCAGCCUGCUCAUACUUGAGGAACUUCUCGCAGUGUCGUCAGGCAACCGAACCGACAUCAUCAAAGCGGCAGAAUCUUGCAUCCCUGAGAAUCUCAUGUGGUACCCUGACUUGAUCAAGGAACUUGCAGACAUGCGAAAGAAUGAUACCUCUGCAAGACAUCUUGAUGCGUACGUGGGCACAUACUGA